AUCAUGCGGGAGGGCUUGCUGGGCCGGCCCGCGGCAGCGGCGAGGCCUGCCGGACACGCCUUGGGUGCAAUGGAUUUGGUGGCCGGGAUGGAAGUUGGAGCCGAAAUUGAAGUGACCGAAGAUGGGGCCUUGGAAGAAUUGCCCCUGCGCUUGGAAAAUGCCAAGAACUGCCUCUCUUGGGAAUCCCUGGACAUCUCAAGCAGCGAUGACGACGGGGAGGCAUACCUGACUUUCUGCUUGCCCGUGAGGCGCCCUCCCCGGCCCGCCCCACGCAUCCCAGCUCAGCGGCCGCCAGUCUCUCCCUCUGUUGUUAAAUCGCCCGCUUGCGAAAAACGGGUCCCCCCCUUGUACCCCUGCCCUCUGCGCCCGAGCGUCCCUGCCUCCCCUGGGAUUCCGGUGUUCGGAGCCUACCAGUGCCAGAAGUGCCUACAGGUGUUUAUGGAGGAAUGGCACUACUCCCAGCACCUGCAAGACCACGCUCAAGAGGAGGCCCAGCAACAAGCACCCCAGCCGCUCGCUCGGUCCCACUCCCCGCCCCGUAAGCUGCGCUGCCUGGAGUGCGGCAAGCGGUUCCUGCACCCGCAGCAUUUCGCGCGGCACACCAAGUGGCACCUGAAAUUGGUGCGCAAGGGUAUCAAAGUCUGCCGCAAGAAGGGUGGCCGGCGCUCUUCCCAGGUGUCCUAUGUUUACAAGCCUCUCGGGGCUGCCGGCAGCCAGGCGGGAGCAAAGGAUGGCCCGGGCCUUCCCGUCGCCCAGGAGAACUCAAGGCAGCCCAAAAAUCUCCAGAUGCCCAGGCUGCAGAGGUCCAGCAAGCGGAAAGGCACCAAGCAGCCGAAAAGGGGGCCUGCUGAGAUCUCGCGAGACGAGGAGGUGCUGGUCCCCGCCUAUCCGGAAAAUUCCAUGACCAUCCUGGACGGCGAGGGUGGCGUGAGUAUUCUGCAUCCAUGGCAGAAGAAGCAGGCGGCCAUCUUGGAAAGCCAGGUGGCGGGAGGGCUGUUCCAGCCGACAGUAUUCAACGCUGAAAACCAGAUCAUCAUCUUGGACGACCAGGAGGCAGAGACCAGGUCCGUCGUGCCGGAACGACACUACGCUGAGGUACAGACCACCCUUUUUGACAACCAGAUGAAUGCCGCCAGGCCUCUCUUCUUCAGAACGGAGGAGCAGGCCACCAUUUUGAACGCUCAGGUUAAUGUAGACUCUCUUCAGCUGGGAGAGCUCAAGGAGCCGGCGGCCAUUGCGUCUGGUUGUGUGGGCCAGAACCCUUGCGCCCUUUUCAGGACUGUACUCCUGCAGGCGGAUGAGCCCGCAGCGGUCCUGGACGGCCAGAUAGAGUCCAGCCCCCUUCAGCAAGUGAUCAUUAAGACGUCGGAGGUCGCUCCCACUCUCUUUGUGGACGCGGAACCUCAUUUAUCCUCCCUCGACUCGGCAACCCUCCAGUUUGUCCCCAUGGAGUUUGUAACCGUCCCCUAUGGGAACUCGUUGACCGUGGACCAAACGGAACCGACAGAGGAAGGGGAGAAGGCUUGGGAGUCCCCAGCCACCACUUUCCAGUUCCCGGGUUACCUGCCAAACGUGUACCAGCAAAAUAAGCAACCGCCCCCUACUGCGCCCUCCUGUCCUUCACCCAAAGGGCCCUUGGUGGUCCGCUUGUUCCCUUGUACCUCCGGGGAGCAUCCUGAGGUCUUAGACCUGGAGUAUGAUACUGGAGGGGGCAUUCCGGUAGCCUCCGAACCAUGGGAGGCCAGUGUCGGGACCGGGCAGGAGGCCUACACUACCGAGGAGGCAGUAGAAGAUAACUUCAUCAUUGUGGAAGUGGAGGCAGAUUCCUGCAACCAAGGCCUGGCAGUGGACCGCUCUCAAGGCAGCCCCAGACGGCAGGCCCUCCACAGGAUUAUCCAAGCCGCCAGUCGAAAUCACGUCCGGCGCUUCAAGUGUCCGGACUGUGGCGUGUGCUAUAGCCGGAUGUCGCAGCUCCGUUCGCACCAGAAGGGGCCGAAACGUCAGGGACGGAGCUACCUGUGCGAAUGCGGCGCUUCGUUCCGGGGCCUGCUUCAUCUCCUGAGGCACCAGCUCCAGCACCUGGAGGAAGCCCUUUUCAUCUGCGCCACCUGUGGGAAGUCCCUUAAAGGACACAGGGGCCUGGCCAGGCACGGUACCUGCCAUCCCGGCCCAGCCCGUUUCGGCUGCCACUGUGGCGUCAGCUUCCAGCGCUUGUCCCGUUACCUCUGGCAUCACGUGAAGAGCCAGCGGCCCGGCUUGCGGGUUUACACUCUUUCAGGCUUCCUCUCCUCCGGCUGAGCUGUGGGGGGAAGGGGGGAGAAUAUGUCACUUCUGGCUCGGAAGUGAGGAGAAGGAGUUUCUCGCUCAGAGGUCUGGGGAGGAGAAUAUGGAGAUCCUUACUCAGAGGUCUGGUUUGUAGAGGGAGAGAACACUGGGGUGCGCGGCCUUUUUUCCCCAUUCAAAGGAACACUCGAAUGAAAUGGUUUACUGGUUUGGGACGCUCAGUUGAUUUUCCUUGGGAUGUAUGUCUUGUUUUUUUGUUUUUUGGCAGUGUAAUUAUGAUGGAUGGUAAUUAAAACUGCAGAGAGCCCGA